UACUUGGCCCCGGCAUGGCUCUGACUUCUCGGGUGACAGUCCAGUGGAGCGCUGCAAACUUCCAGAUCUGUCAAACAGUGCUUCAGGUUUCAUUUCCACAUACUACAACAGAACCAGAUCUGCUCUCCCACAUUGCAGUUCAAUAGUCCCUGGACCUCCAUCUUUACCCCAAAACACAACUUUUUACUGUAUAGCAGUGCCAUGCUGCCGGGAGUCUGUGGAUGAGAAUAUGUCGUCAGACUUCUACUCCAGAGAUGCUUUGUUGGAGCAGGAGACCAUCCCCCUGGAUAUUGACAAUGUUCACAUGCUGCUGCAGGUGGAACAAGAACAGAUUCAGAAGAGGACCUUCACCAACUGGGUCAAUGCUCAGCUGGCAAAGAGGAGGCCACCGUGCAUGGUUGUAGAUCUCUUCAAUGAUUUCCGUGAUGGCUCCAAACUGCUGGACCUGCUGGAGGUGAUGAGUGGCUUGCACAUCAGUCGGGAGAGAGGCAGGGGAAUGUUUCAGCACAGGAGCAACAUCGAGAAGGCUCUCUCCUUUCUUAAGAAGAAAUCGAUAAAGCUAGUUAACAUACACAUUCCUGAUAUUAUUGAUGGAAAACCAUCCAUCAUCCUGGGCCUUAUAUGGACUAUCAUUCUUCAGUAUCAUAUCGAAGAGCUGGCGAGCUCCCUCACCUUUGACUCCCGUCAGUCCUCUAUGGAGUCUUUGGCCAGUCUUGACACGCGCUCCACCUUCUCAAGCCACUCGGCUAGCAGCAGUCCAGUUCCUCCCAGAGGCUCACCACUACAUCAUCGUUUUAGAGUCUCUGCCAAGAAAGCACUGUUGCUGUGGGUCCGGGAGCAGUGCCACAAAGCUGGCUGCUCAGUAAACGUAAAAGACUUCAAGGUUAGCUGGAGGAGUGGAGUGGUUUUCCUGGCUAUCCUGUAUGCUCUGCGGCCUGACCUGGUGGACCUAUCCAAGGCCAGAACGAGAAGCAACAAACAGAACCUGGAGGAAGCCUUCCGUAUUGCAGAGAAAGAACUGAGGAUCCCCCGACUGCUGGAGCCUGAUGAUGUGGACGUUCGGGACCCCGAUGAGAAGUCCAUCAUGACUUAUGUGGCUCAGUUCCUUCAGUACUCCAGGGACCUGCCAGUGCCAGAAGAAGAAAUGCAGACACAAUAUUUGACCCCUUCUAAAAGUCCUUCUCCUAUCAACCUGCCUAUCUACUACACCCCUGCUAUUUCUGCUUCACCUCUCCGCCAGGUGACACCUGACCGUAAGGCACAGGAAAUGACAUGCUGGCUGGUUCAGGCCUAUGAUGAGCUGCUGGAGGGAUGGGACUCCACAGAAGGAGAAAGCUACUCAGAAAGAUAUAAUGUAUUUCAGACCUUUCUGGUGUCCUUUAAUGAGCAACGACGGCCCAUCAUGCCUUUGUUGACGGCCAUGAGACGAACCCCAAAACUGAGCGAUGAGCAACGGACUCUUAGAGAGGCGUGGGAUGCUCUCACAGAAAAGCUCCGUGAGUACAAAGUUGCUUUAGAUAUGAGUCUUCCAGCCCCCUUGGACACAGUAGCCUGCUGGCUUUUGAGAACAGAGGAGGCUUUGGCUGAGGAAGAUGGCAACCCUCAAGACCACGGCCGUGCUGCUGAUGAAGCGAGGGAGAAACACGAACUGCUCAAAGCUUGCCUGGAGGAGAUGCCACAGCACGUGAAGACCUUCCAGUCCUUCCAGAACAUAGAUGAGUACGGAAACAUGAUGAUUCCUACUGACAAAAUGGAUGAGCUCAAGAGGAGAUUUACCAGCGUCAGAGUGACUGCCAAGUAUCAUGGGAUCAAGCUAGAGUACAGAGAGCAUCGCCACACUGUUUUGGAUCUGUUGGGGCAGAUCAGGACCAAGCUUCGUGUCUGGAAGAGACCUUAUAUCUCCUCAGAGGCAGUCAGGGUGUUGCUGCAAGAGUGGCAUGAACUCGUAUACACACAAGAGCUGCCUUCCAUGUUGGAAACAGCUAUUCGUAAGCUGAAGCAGAUUUCCGAGAAAUAUUCAAGCAAAUCUGCCCUUGCUUCAGAUUAUCAGCAUGUCAGUCAGCAGGUGAAGCAGCUGGAGGAGGACACUGCUGUUGUUUUAGAGGACGUGACCACAGUGAAAAGCACAAUGGGACGGGUUCUGUCUGCCUGGGACUCGUACAGCGACUCCCUUAGUUCCCUGCAGGCUUGGCUUGAACAGUGCUCUGCAACACACAGCCACAGACCUGAGCUGACCUCCGCAUCCAUGGCUGAGUGGGGAUCUCAUCAGGCCCACCUGAAUGAAGUGGGGAACUUCCUGAUUGAGUCAACAGAUCCUCAGACCAGCAGGAGCCUGGCAGAGGAGCUUCGAAAAGUCAACAUGCAGUGGGCUGAGUUUGUCAAGAAAAACACUUUGGAAAACAUUGGUGAGCCAAUUGAAGUUACCCAUGUAAACCCAGAGGAAAUCAGAGCUUUGAUCAGAGAGGGCACACUGAUUCUCAAAGAGCCUCUGGAUGUUAUGGCGGGUCCUUUACGCACCUACAGGAAAAGAAUACAGUUUAUAAUGAGGAAGAUUAAAGACAUGGAUCUGGAUGCUUUGGCUUCUGCCCCAGAAUGCCCAGCAGAUCAGUUACAGAAACUGAAGCUUGCAGUACCAGAAGUUAUGCAGACAUUAUCUGAGGCAGAAAAGGUUUGUGUAGAGCUGCAACACAGUGUGUCUGGGCUGGACAGUCGAUUGGCUGAACUUCUACAUUGGGAGACUGAAGCCAGGGAGCUCUACCACCUGCUGAGGGCCACCGAUCGGCAACAAAAACAGGUCCAGACCUCACAAGCCAGGGUCACUAUUUCCCGUGGUCUACAGCUCGAAGGUCAGGUAGUCACAGAGGAGCAAGACCUGCAGGUGAUCGUAUCAACAAAUCAGAAGAGCUCUCCCAUCCACUACCUCCAUGCCUCUGCUAUGCAGGAUCGAGUGCGAGCUGCUGUUGCUCAGUCACAGGAAGCAGUUGGUAUGCUAAGCAGCCUGGGUGCCAGACGAGACAGAAGCAGAAGUCCUCCAGCAGGACCUCCUUCAAAAGUCUUUAUUCAAGAUAAAGCAGUGCUUCAACAUUUGAAACAGUUAGACACCAAGCAUACAAAAACCUUUGUGCCAAAGAUAGUGGUACAAGAUUACAAAGAAGAAAAGAUGACUUCUCCUCCAAUGCCAUACACCUACGCAGAAGCUGUGAAGCAGACCAGAAGAAAGUCGCCACCAGAAAGUCAGUUUCAAGGCUGGCCAAUGACCACUGCACAAAAGACAACAGAGACUCCAGAUCAAGGGCCACAGCAAGACCUACUCCAAGAGGGACUUAGAAGACAGGUGGAAAUUAAACUGGGACAGAAAGAACAGGAAGAAAUAAAGGAGGAGUAUCUUCUACAAGAAGUUCAGCAGCAGGAGUUGUUCCCAGUGCAACCACAACCAAGUCAGCCCAAGCAGGAGCAACAAAAGGUACAACAGCAACAAGUUCAACAGCAUGUGGUAAUUAAUAUACAAGCUGAACAACAAGUUAAACAAAGACCAGAAUCCAAAGACCAGACUCCACUUCAGGAACCAGCUGUAAAGAAAAAGGUUCUAAGUUCCCAAGAGCUCCAAAGCAGAAAAGCUCAAGGCAUGAAGAACCGGCCAUGGCUUCAGAAACCAGCUUUUCCAGAACAGAAAACUCCAACUCAAGAGCAGGAUUUGACUCAAGAUCUAGUUCAAACUAGACAGACACAGGCAGUCGGAUCAGUUCAGGUAAUUUCCCAAAAUGUAGCAACCACCAGGCUACAGUAUGAGGCCCAUGCAAAACUGACUAAGCAGCCACAACAACAACAAAAAGUGGAACAGAAGCAAACACAGCAAACUGAAAAUCUAGAGCAUCAGCAACAAGACAAACUGCUACAUCAACAACAGCAAAAAGAGCAGCAUCAGCAAAAACAACAGCAAAAACAACAACCACAAGAAACUGUAAGACAAGCACAACAAGAAUCAAAUACCAAAAAUAAAUCACAUGCUGUAACUUUGAGUCAACCUCAAUCACAAAGAAAGGCCCCAAAUCAAUCACAAACCAAUACUAUGGUUCAGUCCCACAUUACUACAGAUACACAGCAACCAUGUGUUCCUCAGUCCCAUGAUUCUGUGAAGAAACAGUCAUCAACCAAGCCACAGACCCAACAACAGCUCCAGCUACAGGAUCAGGCUCUGGUUCAACCAGCUGGUCCUCAGCCAUCUAAGCAGCCACAGGUACUACCCCAUGACCAAUCUGUAGCUCAAGUCCCAAUAUGGGCUCAGAUCAGACAGCCUUCCAGUGUUCAGGCUCCACUGCAAGGCCCAAUUCAGCUUCCUGUACCAUCUCACAUUCAGCUUCGUAGUCAUCCACAAUCAUGGGCCCCUGUCCGGCCCCCUUCCCCCAAGCCACCAACCCAGGCUCAGCCUCCAAUGCAUACUCAGUCAACAAACGUGGACCAAACCCAUGCAAAAGCAAUGAAUGAUCCUGAAAUUCACCCUCAGCCCAAGGUCCAACCUCAAACACACCCUCAACCUAAGACCCAAGUUCAAAUCUAUGCUGAUCAGUCUGAGACCCAUCCCCAGUCAAUGCCCUACCCACAAGCCCAUGCUCAUGCCCAUGUUCCAACUAAUGUUCAGCCAAUGGCCAGGCUAAGUCAGGCCCAACCAUUGACUCAACAUCCAACCCAAGCCCAAUCUAUACUCCACCUUCAGGGUCAUUCUUUGACUGAUCCUAUGACUCAGUAUCCAACACAUGCACAGGCACUGGUCCAGCAACAAGGCCAUAUUUCACAGGGGCACUUUCAAGCUUAUACUCAAGUCAUAUCCUCAGUCACCCAGUCUAUCCAGCAUCCACAGGCUACAGUGCAACCUCAGUUAUACUCCCAGGGUUAUGCCCAAGCUCAGUCCACAUCUCAGCAGUGGACAGAUAAACAAGAAACACAAAAUCAAGCAUUUCCCCAGCAGAGUCAUCCUAUCCCGCAACCAUAUCCCCAGCAAAUGGGCCAAGCAACACAUUCUCAGGCUUAUCCUACAGUUCAGACUCUAUCACAGUGGGCCCAGCAAACGCCUCAGAUUGCCCACCAUAGGGUUUCUCAUAUGGGGCCAUCAUAUACUCAACCGCAAAUGCAUCCUCAAGCUCAACCCCAACCCUGGACUCAAACACAGCAGCAAAUUGGGCCCCAUAGUUCCAUGCAUCAACACACCCAGAUGAGAGCUUCUAACUUAGUUCAGCCACAACAAGGCCAAGUUCAGCAACAGACUUGGGUUCAAGCACCACUGCAAGUGCCAUCUCAGUCUUAUCAGCAGCCUCAGUCUCAGCAGUAUGUACAGGUCCAGCAUCAACCCCAAGCUCAACAUCACUCUCCAUCUCAGAUUCAAACACAGAUAUCUCUCCAGUCACAACCAUCACAUCAAGCCUAUCCUCAGCUUCCUUCACAGCCCCAGCAACAAACUUUGCAGGCCCAGUCCCAAACACACGUCCAGGCACAGCCAUUAGUUCAAGAAAAGCCCUUUGCCAGGACUCAGGGGACUCAAUCUAAUAUUCAAUCCCAGCAAUCAACUUCUCAGCCCAAGCAUCAGCCCCAACUUCAGCUACAACCAACGAUUCAGUCACAAACUCAAUUAAAAGGUAACUCACCUCUACAGCCCAGACCUCUACAGCCAAAACAGGAUGUUGAAAUGACACCUCAACUAAUAGUUCAGUCACCAAUUAAACACAUACCUGGAUCACUGCCACAGCCCAAACCCGAAUCUCAAUUGCCACCACAGGCUCAGUCACUAAUUAAAGUUAAUGUUGAAUCACCCCCUCAACCCAAGGUGCAAGCCCAACCUCAAUUACAACCUACAGUUCAAUCACCAACUCAGCCCAAAGUUCAGUCACCAGUCCAACCCAAAGUCCAACCAGUGUUCCAACCCAAAUCUCAGGCACAGUUAUCCCCACAGCACCAUCCUCAGUUUCCGGUGUCAUUGCCUCCCACGGCCCAAACAGUGCCACAGUCCAAGACUCAAUCUCCCACACAGGCAAGACCUCAGACUCAACCACUUGACCCACCAAAGACUGAAACCCAGUCUCCUUUGAAACAGAAAAUUCAACACUCCCAGACUAUUCUCGUCUCUGAGAUCGAUGUGUUGCUUCAAACCCAGGCUGAGUCACCAGAUCUUAAUAUCAAACCUCCUGCUCUGGCUCAAGCACCUCCCCAGGCCUACACAGAGGCCUACACUAAGGCACAGGCUUUAGCUAGAAAUGGCUUUGAGGAGGCCAAACACUGCCUGCAGGCGCACAUCCUGGAAGCUAUCAACAUCUUCAAAGACAGGCGUGUAUCAGCUGAGCAAGCUUCAGUAAAGGAGAAAACUCUGAGGACACUUGAUCCAGAGUUGCUGGAGGAGUUCUUGCGAGCAGCUAAUGGCAUGGAGGCCUUUUGUACCCCCUCACAGCUCAGAGAUAUGGAGUUCUUCACCCAAUCUGUCAGGACACAGUGGGAGGCCCUCAGAGCUGAGAUCUCAGGCUUUUUGGAACAAUUACAGUUUGAAGUAACAAGGAAAGACUUUAAUGCAGCAGUCCUUCGGUGUGAGAUGCACUUAAGCACCAGCUUAGAAAACCAAGCUCAGGCUUGCUUCUCAGCAGACUUUGCUGAAGCAGAACAGCACCUGCAGGCACUGAAAGAGUUGUGUGACACCCUAAGCCCGGAGGAUGCUCACCGCUUGGCUCAGACGCAGCUGAGGGAGUGUGAAAAGAGGCUGGCUGCCAUCCAGCAUCAGUUCAGUGGAGAUCAAGACACACCACUCCCUGAAUCUAGGAUUCCUGUUGCCUUCACUGAGGAUUCCAACACACAGAAGGAGCCUACCAAACCAAGUGACAAACCUCAGGCCUUAGCUGAGGUGACCCAGGUGACAGUGAAGACAGUUGCUGUGGAGAGAAGGGAGACUGAAAAGCAGAUGUCUGUGGAGGAAGAAGUAACCAAAAAGGAAGCUUUAGAAAGAUAUGAGAAUGCUAAGAGGGCUCUGCAAGCCCAACUAGCUAAAAAUGAACAGAGCAUCAAGGACGUCCCCUCUGACUCAGUCUCUCUGAAAGGCCUGCAUACACGGCUCCAGGAAAUACAGUUCUUGAGACAAGAGACUGAGUGUCUUUGGUCUGAGUAUGCAAACCAGUGCUCUCAGUGUUCCCAGCUGAGUGGAAACACUUCUCUGGAGCAGGAGAAAGCAGAGCUGCAGGAGCAGUGGCGCACUCAGCAGUCCAACCUUCAGAGGAGAGGCAGCUCGCUGGGCUCUGCACUCAGGCAGAUUGACUCCACUGAGAAUCACAUGGUGGACUUCACCGACCGCCUGGACCGUUAUCUGAGACAGCCCAAAGACAUCACUGGCUUCACACUGGCCAACACUAACAUUCUGAAAGAUAUAAAGGAACUGGAUGACAACAUACAGAGUGAACUGGACCAGUUGUCCCGUCUGGACCCUGAAUCCAGCGACUUGGAUCCCAGAGAACGCUUCCCUCUGUCCCGUGAGUUUGAGGCUCACAAAACCAGCUUGGAUCAACUCCGGCAGCAAGUCCGGAAGAGCGAAGCAGCUGCCCGUGCCCUCGACCGAUUUCUUAUGUCUCUGCGCACUGUGGAUGAGGAUAUCUCAAGUAUCCCAGGUCCACCCUGUAGUGACGCUGUGGUGCUGCAGGAAUGCCGCUCCAAGUUGACUCUGAUAAGGCAGAGCAUAGACAGUUUGAAAGAGAAGGCACCUCAGCUGGAUCUACUCUUGCAGGGAGCUCGGCUCACAGUCACAAGGGAUGGUAUCCCAGCCUCCUGCCUCGAUAUGGUGAAUGUCCUGGUGAGAAGGCUGGACGAGAGUGACAGUGGGCUGGUCAGCCAGCAGAAGGUCCUUCAGAAGGAGACCCAAAGCAAAACCCUGGGCCUGAGGAAGAGGACGAUGCUGGGGGAGAUGAAGAAGCUGCAGGAUACGAUUGAAGCGCAAGGCCUCAAAGAGCCCACCAUGCCUGCGUUGCAGCACAGGCUUCGUGCCCUCUUGGAUUUAGAAGGCCAGCUGCAGGCUCAGAACUGUGAGCUUCAGAGCCUCCGUGAAGUCCAAGAGAAGCAGGGAGGAGGAGAAAAUCUCCUUCAGGAGCUGGAAGCUCAGUGGAAGGAGACUCAGCGGGCUUUUUCUGACAGAAGGAAGCAGUACAGCACACUGCUGGAGCUUCUGAAGAAGUUCCAGACCUGCCGGAGUCUCCUGAGCAGCACCAUCCAGAAAGCAGAGCAGGCAAUCAGCGAUAAGGCAUCCUACAUGGGGAAAGACAACCUACAGAGGAGUAUGGCAAAGGUCUGUGAUAUUAAGGAGGAGCUGGCUGGUCUUGCGGGGCCGAUGGAAGAGAUGAGAAGUGUUUGCAAACAGCUGCAGACUGAACUGAAGAAGUUUCCAGACUGCAGUGAAUCUCCAUUUGAAGCAGAGGCUGACACGCUGAUGGACAGCUGGCUGGACGUGACAGAGAAGACAGAUGCCUACAUGGAUAACCUACGAGUGGGCCUGGAGCUGUGGGAGAAGCAGCUGAUGCUGGGCGGAGAGGUGGACAGCUGGGCCGGGGCCAAACUCGCCCUGUUUGCAGAGAGCCAUGCUUUCUACAAUGAGCAACAAGUACUCACCAUGAAGGAUGAAAUCCAGGCCAAUGAGGAGAACAUCACUCAUUUUCACAAGAAGUCUAUUGAGAUCCAGGAGAUGCUGCAAAGUCAGGAAGCUCCACUGGAGCUACAGGUAAUGGAAACCCAGCUGAGAAAGAGACUGGAGCAGGUGAAGGAACUGUUUACCGACUGCACAGAUGUCUUUGAGGAGCUAAUCGCUGUGAAGAAGCAUCUAGCCGAGAAGGUAGAGGAUUGUCAGACAGCGGUAGAGAACAUCCAGAGUCGUAUCAACGAGACUAAUGCUUCAGGUCCAAAUGUGGAAGCUCAGAUACAGGAUCUGUGCAACGACCUGGAGUCUCAGGAAGAGCAGGCUGAGGCCGUGUUGAAGGAGGUGGGAUUGGUUUCCAGUGUGGCCAGCCCUCAGGUGCUUGAGGCACUCUCUGUUGACUGCAGCAGGCUAACGGAGGCAAUCUUGCGCACCAAAGACAUGAUCCAGCUGAAGAGAGAGGAGAGGGACAAAGGCCUGCUCAAGGUUAUCGGAGAUGAGAAGCAGUCAUUCGAAGAAUGGUUCCAGGACUUGCAGCUAGCCGUCAAUGAGUGCUUCGAGAACCCUGAGAGUAGAACAGAUGUGGAGACGUUUUUGCAAAGACUGGCUAGUUUCUUGAAGUCCAAGGAUGCAGAGAGACGUCUUGACCAGCUGAAAGAUCAGCUGGAGAGAGGCAGGGAGCAGGUUCCACCUCAGCAGCUCUCUGAGUUUACUGGGUGGAUGCAGGAGCAGCAAGAGGAAGUGGUUACGUUCAGAACCCACUGCCAAAACCGGCAGAAACAAAUGGAGUCACUGCUCAGCGACUUGGACAGUCUGCAGAAGCAGCAUGACAGCCUUCGUCAGUGGCUUCAGAACAAAGAAAAACAGUCUGUGGUGUCUGAGAAAGUCAAACAACUUCUGAAAGACCUUCAGGAUGAGAGUGGAAGAGCCGAGACCCUCAGUGAGCUGCUGGCAUCAAUACGCAGACAAGGUGUCAGAUCUGAGAGCCUCCUGAAGGACGCUGAUAACUUGAUACAGCGCUACAGAAACCUGGAGGGCAGAAUGCUGAAUCAGGCUGAGGCCCAGAGUGUGUUGGAUGGAGAAUACAAUGUGUUUAAUACUCAGGCAGAGAGCACCAGGACUUGGAUCAGUGAACUAUCACAGCCUCUCACCACUCCAGACAGAGACACCAACAUGGAGGAGAUGAAGUCCAAAGCACAAGCCAUCCUUAGCUGCAAACCUGAGGGAGACUUUAAAGUGAGCAGCUUGAGACGACAAAGCGAAAGCCUGUGUGAGAAGGAAGGCCUGGACGAGUCCAGGAAACAAAGUGUGCAGCUGCUAGUUAGAGACACAGAGAAACAGUGGACGACAGCCCUGCAGGCUGCUCAGGAGACUCUCAGAAAGGCAGAGAUGCAAGCCAUUUUAGAAAAAGACGUUGAAGCUUUCCAAACCCACAAUGAAAGUGUCCAGUCCUGGAUCAGAGACCAGGACCAGAACCUCAAGUCUAUCUGUGGCCAUGUGCAAGUUGAAGAAAAGCUUCAGGCAGCACAAGCUUUUCUGAGCUCCAAGCCUAAUGGAGAGUCAAAGCUCCAAGAGCUUAAGCAACUGUGCCAGAGUCUAUGUGACAACCAGAGUUUGGAUGAGAGCAGGAAACAAAAGCUUCAUGAUGCAGUCAAACACACAGAACAGGAGUGGAGGAAAGCCUUGCAGGGUGCUGAAGAGGCUCUCAAACAGGCAGAGACUGAAGAGGCCACUAAAAGAGAUUUUGAUGCUUUCAAAACCCAAAGUGAAACAAUCCAAUCCUGGAUCAAAGAGCAGAAGCAGAAACUGCUGUCCCUCAGUGGUCAUAUGCACUUUGAAGAAAUGUCUGAGAUAGUACAGGCUGUCAUGACUUCCAAACCUGAAGGAGAGUCCCAGUUGCUCGACCUGAAGAGACGGGGUGAGAAUCUGAGCAAGCUCUUGGAAGCCAGUAGGAAACUAGAGGUUCAGCAGCUAGUAACAGUCACAGAGCAGCAGUGGACAACAGUUCAACAGGCUGCCAAUCAAGCAGAAGUCAGGAGUCUUUCUGAUGACUUUGAUGUCCAGAGUAAAAACACAGAGAUGUGGAUCAAAGAGAAGCAACAGAAGCUACAGGCUGUGGGCAGUCACACAAGAGCUGAAGAGAGAUGCCACACAGCACAGGCCCUCUUGACCUUGAGGCCUGAAGGUGACUCUAAGGUGAACAACCUGAGGAGACAAGGACAGAGUCUGUGUGACCACAAAGAUGCUGAUGAGGGCAGGAAAGAGCAGGUCAAGCAGACAGUCAGAGACGUGGAGGAGCUUUGGAGGGCAGCUCUGCAGGAUGCUAAACAGCUUGAAGCCGCAGCAGAAGCUGAGAUUGCCCAGGAGACUGAGAGGAGAAGGUUGGAGUUGCAAGAAUUUAAUACCUGUCAGCGGGAAACUGAUGGCUGGCUAAAAGACCUCCAACAACAGCUGAACUCUUUUGGCAGUGGAACCAAAGUCGAGAACAGACUGCAUGUAGCACAGGCCAUUAUGAACUUCAAGCUUGAAAAUCUCAAGAUAAAAGCCCAGAGUUUCCUUGAUCACGAUGAACAUAAAAAACAAGAGAUUCAACAAAAAGUAAGAGACACUGAGGAACAGUGGAUCAGACUCCAGAAAGAUGCUAAAGAAGUAAUGGUUCUGGCUGAAAGGCAACGCGCUCUGGACAGCCAGCUGCAAGACUUUGAAGCCACGAGAGAAAAGACCAGAAUGUGGUUGAAAGAGAAGCAGCAGAGCCUUGUCUUUCUGAGCAGUCAGAAAGACCCAGAACAGAUCAUAAGCACUGCACAGACCAUCCUGAGCUGUAAGCCUGAGGGAGACUCUAAGCUGGAAGAACUAAAAAGACCAAGCCAGAGUCUGUCUGACCAAGAGGACUUGCCUAAGACCGUGCGGCAAAAGGCUCUGCAAGCAGUGAAAGACUCAGAGGAGCAGUGGAGGACAGUCCUGGAAACCGCUGAGAACACUCUACAAAAAGCUGAGGUUCAGUACUCACUCUCCAAGGAGCUAGGGGCUUUCUGUGCUCAUGCGGGAAGCACUAAAGCUUGGAUUACAGGCCUGCAGAAACAAGCUGAUCCCAUGGGGAUGAGCACUCAGGGCAGCAAGGCUCAGCUACAGGACAGACUGAGUGCAGCACAGGUCACCUUGAGGUCAAAGUCAAGUGGUGAGACACAACUGUUGGAGCUGAUGAGGCGAGCGCAGAGUCUCUGUGACCACAAAGACCUGGAGAAGGACAAGAAGCUGGAGGUUCAGCAGACAGUCAGAGAUACAGAGGAGCAGUGGAGGGCAGUGCUGCAGGCUGCUGAGGAGACACAAAGCAAGUUGCAGAGUGUUGUGGAACGCCUGGUAUCCUGUCAGUACCAGCGAGACCAGGCUGCGGCCCGUCUGGCUGAGCUUCAGAAGCAAACAUCCAAUCUUCCACGUGUCUUCCCCUGGCCAGGCCUGGGAGAGCGGAGGCAAGCUGUGGAACAGGCCCGAGCCCUGAUUGAUCAGAUUACAGCCUUAGCCCCCGUCCUCACAAACGUCCGCACGCAGGCUGCAGAGCUGGUUGAAGUCACACAGGACCAAAGCUGGUCAGACCCCACCUGGACAGCUAAGGAGGAGUCUAUCCCUGCUCUGCUGAAAGAGCUCACUGAUGCAGUAGCCAACCUGGAGCAGGGCAUUGUGACAGAGCGGCAGUGCACACAGCUAGUGGAGCAGCAUGAAGCAGCCCAGGACUGGCUGAGGGAGCAGGUUAAAAGCCUGGGACCUCCUCCUGCAGACAGACAGAGUCUGCACAGUGCUGUGAACACCCUUAAGGCUUUGCUCCAGACGGUGGACAGAGAGCAGAGAGAGAUGAAGGAGCUGGACUCUGCCAGAGACAGUUUGCUGUACCUCUGCACUCCUGGGGGUCAGGAUGCCCUGACCCUAGAGGUUAGCCAUCUCCAUGACCUCUGUUCUGUCUCAGAGCAGGAGGUGAGGGAGCGUCUGAGGGUCUGUGAGAUGCAACUAAAUGAACAGGACAGUCAGUUGGCCAAAAGGACCCAGGGGCUGAAGGAGGGAAUUGCAGCCCUGCAGUGGGAGCUCCGCUCUCUCGACCAGGCACUCAGUUAUAGUGAACCACAAAACAAUAUCGCUCAACUUGAACAGCACUGGCACAGCCUACAGAAUUGUGAGAAGUCCCUGGAGGAUUCGGGUGUGAAAAUUCAUGACCUGCAACAGGAAGUAAACUUGGCAUCUUCGACCAAUGAGCUGCCAGCAGAAAUCAUCAGUGGGGUUGACUCGUUAUGGGAACAGCAUGCCAGUCUAAAAAAUAGGCUGAGUGAGCAUCAGGUUACCUGCUGCACAAACACAGCAACAUGCCUCAGGGACUGUCUUCAUGCUCUGCAAAAAUGGAACCACAGCAAACCAUCUGUGUCCCUUUCCUCUGUGCAGCAGAUGUUAGAGGAAGGUGAAAAGUUGCAAGCCAGCCUACAGGAGGCACUUUCUCACCGACAUUUUCUAAUGGCCUGUCUGACAUUGGACUUGCUUGAGAAACUAGAAAAAGAAGGUUCAGAAGCUCUCAGAGAAGCAGACACACUGAAAAUUUCUCUAAGUCAGAGCCUAAAGGAACUUAAUCAAAGAAGUAAACAAAAACUGCCUGACAACCAGUCGUCAGAGAACCUGCAGGAGACAAAGGCCUCUGUGGUGGCACCGCCACGAAAAAGCAAGCGCUCAUCUGAGAAAAAAACAGUUUAUCCUACUUCUGCUUCAACAUCUGUGGUGAUACAAAGCUAUACUACUUCUCAAGAACCACACACCAAAACUGUAAGGUUAGAUAUCACAGGUGAGCCUGUUACAAAUGAGGCAAAUAAGCCUGCUUCUGAGGAACCCACUGUGAUGCACAAGGUCACUGAAACUCCUGCUGUUACUGAAGAAACUGAAAUUGAACAGCUGUAUGCUGAAAAAACAACCAAGGAUGAGGCAGAGAAUAAGCAAAAGCCUAGUGGUGAGAAAUCUCCAAUGACUUGUAAGCAAACUAAAGUGGCUGUGGAAAAAAGUGAAAUCAUUCAAAAAGGUAAGAAGUCAAAGAGUUUUGAGGUCUCUCAGCUUGCAGAGCCAAUGUUUCCACUGGAAAAAGUUGCUAGUGUGCAGUCAACAGAGACCAAAGGUGAAUCAGACAAGUAUAACGUAACAUCAGAGUCAGCUGAAACACCUAUGGAAAAAUCUAGAAUAUUGCCUAUGACGAGAAAAUCAAAGAGCGCAGAACUUUGCUUUGAUCUUGGUGAUAUUGAGUUACCUCAGACUAGGGAAGAUCCUCAAAGCAAAACUUCUUCUUUGGACUUUAAUGGCGAGAACAAAGGUUUUGUUACUGAAAAGAAAAAACCUAUACCUGCUGGGUCUUCAACUCCAACUCCAAAUAUGCCAGAAAAGAUAGCUGAAAUAACUGAUACAGAAAAACGCCAAUUUUCACCAAGCACAGGAAAGUCAAAGGCUUUAAUGAGUUCUCCAGAAUUUCCUUCAGUGGCACAGACACAAUCCAAGAAACAGCCUGAAAAGAAGACAUCACCAUCAGUUCCGGAUGUUAUCAAAGAACCAAGUGAAAAAGAAACUGAAAGUAAAAAGCCAGAUUUACAUGGAGUUAUGGAUAGUGGAAGAGCUGAAACUACUGAUGAAAACUUGAUAGAGGUUUCAAUAAUGGACAUAAAGUCAAGGCAUCCAAAGGUUUAUCUUGGUCUUGCUAGCAAAGAUCACAAUCCAACUACAAUACAACAUGAGAGUGAUAUAUCAUUCUUGCCUACGACAAAGCCAACUGAGACAAAGGAAGAGCCAGAUAGUCAGAAAUGCCAUUUAUCUCCAGAGGAUGCAACUGCAACAAAAGAAAUUACUGCUUUCAAUGAAGGAAAGCGUUCCCCAUCCAAAAGAAAGUCAAAGAAUCGUAAAGCUUCCUCGGAACUUAUUAGUAUGGAUUUGCCUGAGACUUUCAAAGAACCUGAAUCUGCGGGUUCCACCGUUAAAGCUAAAAUUACCACUUUGGAAAGACCUGAAGUCCCCCCAACCAGGAAAUCUUCUGAGAGUCUUGUAGAGUCCAAGAAAAUAGAGAAAGAAACAGAUGUACAGGUGAUUACUGAAAAAAAUGAAACUGUUGCUGUAGAGUCAACUGAAUUUUCACCAAGUCAAAGACAACCAGAGAUUCCAAAGACAUCCAGAUAG